AUGGCUACUGAAUCUUUGGGACAGCAAUGGUCAUGGCCCGAUGAAGUACGUGCUUCAUCUCCUGAGCAUCCGCACCAAGAUAGCAAUUGGACGACAACACCUCGGGCACCCGCCACGGAUGCACCUACCGGCACGGCGCCAGAACCGACACCAGCAGAACCACCACAGCCGCGUUACAAACCACGUACUUGCCGGAUAUGUUUGGAAGUCGUGCAACCAUCUACCGAGCUCGACGAUACCGUCGCCGGGCGGGUCUUUGCGUCAAAAGCUCGUGUACGAUAUGUUUCCGAGGAUCCCGAGCUGGGUCGGCUCAUGAGCCCAUGCAAUUGCAAAGGCUCUCAGAAAUAUGUUCACGAGGGUUGCCUCCAGGCCUGGAGAAAUGCUGCGCCAAUGUCGGAGAGGAAUUACUGGCGAUGUCCCACUUGCAAGUUCGAGUAUCGUAUGGAGCGCUUGAGAUGGAGCCGAUGGCUGUCAAGCAAGGCGCUACGGGCAGCCAUCACAAUCUUGGUGAUGAUGAUCACAGUCUUCAUACUUGGAUUCAUUGCCGACCCCAUCAUCAGAUAUGGCGCCGACCCUCUGGGUACCAUCGCCGGAACUUUAUUGGGGGAGUUUGACGAAGAGUUCGACAUACCAGUGCAGCCACUCGUCGAGGAAUUGGAGUCAGACAAUUGGUAUAUGCACUUUGUCAAGGGUUUCCUGUCCCUUGGCCUAUUGGGUUUUAUCAAGUCAAUGUUGGCCAUCUCGCCUUUUCAGAUUUUCAAUAUCCGAGUUGGCGGUGGUCGUCGCAGAAGAAGAGGUGGGACAGAGGGCAUCAGUUGGUUUGUUGUGGUUGUUGGGGUUGUUACAUUCUUGGCAGUAAGUGACAUCUUCCUCUCUCCUCUCACCGAGUUGACAAUACUGACCGAUCAUCAUCAGGCAACCUGGCAUGCCGUCAGUCAUUUCAGCGCAAAGUUUCUUGAGAAGCUCAGCGACCGUGUUGUGGAUGUCCAAGGAACGGAGCCCGAAGAUGACGAAGAUGACGAAGACGGUGAGACCGAUGAGUCAAGAAAGGAUAGGUGA